AUGCAUUUGUGUUGUGAAUUGGGGAAAGUAGUUCUUCAGUCUUCAGUUAGAACUGUUCCUCUUCACAAGUAUUGGUCAGAAUAAAAGCAGACAGAGAUUGAUGGCUAUCAUUACUCUCUGAUUAUUGUUAAUUUUCGAGUUUAGAAAUUUCAAUUGAUACUUAUUACCAUGAUACUUUAACACCUUCUAAUCUAAAUACCUGUACAAGUACACUGAGUGUUUGUGCUCUUUUCAUAUGCACUUGUGCACAUAUGUAGAGUAAACGCUGUAAAUCUGCAGUGCACAAGAGGGGUCGUGGAAGUGAAAAAGAAGUGGCAAGACAUGCAGUCUGCCGUCAAGAAGAAGGAAGCUCAGCGGAGGAAAAACUUGACGCAAACUGGAGGAGGGCCUUCACAGCUCCCCAUGUUGAAGCCUUGGGAGGAGAAAAUAUUGCAGUUGAUUCCUCAGUCAGCCAUAUCUGGAAUUGAGGAUGGGGUGGACACCAGUGAAGUCAGGUCUUCCCUUCAGAUGUCCCAAAAACCAAGUAGCCUUGAGAUACAGCCAUUUAUUGUCACUGAGGUUCCAGCUGAAGAACUUGAAAAUCUAGACACUAAUAGUGAUGUGCCAGUUGUCUCUCAAUCUGAAGAAGAAUCUUCUUUGUCAGAACCGUCCACUUCUAAAGGAAAACGGAAAACUCAAACAUUUAAUGAGUACAGCUACGGAUCUCAGCGCCUCAUUGAAAUUGAGGAGGAGAAGCUUUCAAUCAAAAAGCAGAGACUGGAAAUUGAAAAAGAGAGGCUCGAGAUUUUGAAGAACUUUUAUGCUUUGUUUUCUUCUUCAAAUGUUCAAUCUGUUUAUAAUCUUUUGUCUGAGUUUUAAUUAGUAAUUUCAUUUAUACUUGCGUGAAACUUUCACCCUCUGUGAGACCAAUGUUUUUUAUAC